AUGUUUGCCCAUCGCUCGCCUAUCUGGCCUGCACCCGUCCGCGACGCCCAGCUGAUGCCGUCUCCUAUAGGGCAGCAACCCGCCUCCUCCCAGGCGCCCGGCCUGGCCUUCAACGCCGCCGGCAACGGCACCGCCGCCAGCAACAAUAAUAACACCGACAGCCUCGCCUCCAACAAUCCCUUCCGCAACUAUCGCGCCACCUCUCCCGGCCUCAUCGACGUCUCCUCCUUCCCCACGACGCCUACCUCCCCCUUCGACGACCCGAUGCCGUCCCAGCGCCCUCUGUCGAGGAACCCCUUCCUCGACCAGCCUCCGGCUCCGCGCCCUGCCGAUGCUGCCGCCGCCGGCGGUCCCAAGACGCAGUCUCUCACUGCCGAGGAGAUCUUUGGAUCCUUGACGCUUGACGACUCUCCUGCGUUUUCAACCAAGCAGCCCUUCGACCCCCAGCUAGUCAAGAAGCGCCCUACCGACCGACCCGCGCCCCCCCGCCGUGAAAGCGAGAGCCAGGUGUCUUCGCGAGCUGCUGAGAAGCACCGCCCUACUCGCUCCCAGGAAGAGGCCCUGAGGGCUCGCAAGCCGCCCCCGUCCAAGUCAAGGCAGCCAACAAGCCGCCCCAGCCUUUUGGACGAUUCGCCGCCUCGCAAGCCGGUGCAGCGACGCCCGAGACGCAACUCGGACUCGUCGGUCAUGGAUUUUGACAGCAAGUCCCUCACGGCCGAGGAAAAGCGGAUGAUCGAGGCCAGACGCCGCGAGCGCAGCAAGACCAAGUCGACACGCCCCAGCCGCAAGAUGGACAUUAUCGAUCAGCUGGACGCCACCAGCAUCUACGGAACAGGCUGUAUGUAUACACAUUGUUCCCAC